CUAGCCUAAGUAGCAAUACCAUGACGACAACAAUAAGCAAGCAGGAGCAGCAGCAGCAGCAACAUCUCCAGCCUCAGCAGUAUGUGCAACUACAGCAGGAACAUUUGGUGGCCAGCGGCAGCACCAGCGAUUCGGCAGCUGUUCCCAUCGCAGCUGAACUCCAGUUCGACUCCCUGAAUAACAAUAGCAACAACAACAAUAAUAAUACCAAUGGCAGUCCGGAACAGGCACUGCCCUCCAGCGAUGAUCGCCAGAAACGUCGCUCCCUGCUCAACUUCAAGUCCCUGGACUUUCAUCUAAAGUCCCUGUACAGUGGCCUACGGAGUAACUCAGGCACAACUCCACCCAGCCAACCGAAUAGCUCCGUUCCGGCGGUGGAUCAACCGCAGCGUAGGAUGCCCUACUUGCGGGUGGAGAGUGUGGAUCCCGAGGAGCCGAGAGGAUCAGUUCUGCCAGGACAUUCGCCCAGCUUUCUGUCACCCUACAGUGGCGUUGGCGGUGGAGCCGGAAACCUGCAGUUGCCCUCAACCGAUGGAGGCACCAUCAGGAGAUCCUCAACAUCCGACAUUGUCAAUUGCAGGCGGGGAGGGGGAGCAGGGGGAUCGGGACAGGACAACAGGAGGCCGAGCACAUCGGAUUUGCUCAGGAAGGCAAGGGAACGGAAGGGCAGUGAGGCCAGGAUGGGCAGAAGUGCCUCCCACAGUGGGCUAACCAGGGGCGGACCCGGCGGAGGAGGUGGUGGCCUGGGCGGAAGACGAACCAGCAUGGCCUUCUAAAAAAAAAAAAUAAUAGUGAAAAAAAACUAUGGAAAACAAAACUUAUGCAAUGAGGGAUGGCGAAAAAAACUGUUGAUCAAAUCUGAAUCAGAAAUAGGCUGACAAAAUGGCGCUUAUGAAUUUUUAUCUAGUGAAAAGAAAAUUUAAAGAAAAAACAAGAAAAAAAUAACAAUAAUAGAGCAGCUAUUAAGGAACGACUUUUUUGUGGAUCUAUUAUCAUUAUGAUUAUUAUAUGGUUACUACAAUUGCGCCUCGAAAGAACUAAAGUUAGUAGAUAAAUUAAAGCAAGUAAUGAACAGAAACAUAACAUUUCAUCUCUCUUAAACUCUGUAUCUCUCUCUCUCUCUCCCCCCUCCCGGCAAAUUUAAUAUAUAUAUAAAUACAUAUAUAUUUAAAGAACCCCCAACUUUUAUGACAAUAUUAGAACCUAACUAUCGUGUACUAUCGUUAACUAUCGCCUGGCAAAAGCUCUAAAACUAACCUGCGUUCCAACCCAAAAACCAACAAUGAUUCAAGAUCGAUCCAUUAUAUCACCGCACUGUGAGAGUUCAUAUCAAGCGAGAAGGAUAAAGCAUGGAGGAUAAAGGAUGAAGGAUGAAGGAUACCCAAAUAUGUACUAUGCUAUGGGAUAGUGUCUUUUUCAUUAAUCGAUUAGUAGACUUAACGAGUGUUAAACGAUUGUUAACGAUUGACUUGAGGCGAGGCGCUGAAAAUGGGGAGCGAGUAGCGUCAAAGAUUACGAAACGAAACAGCAAUGGAGUGCUCGUCGUAUGAAUAAAUUUUAGCUAAACUAAUGAACAAAUAAAUGAGUAUAAAUAAAAACUCAAAUGGAAAACAAAGAAACAAUUCAAAUCAAAUCUUAUUAAAUAGACAUUACUAGCAUUAUGUAGUUAAUUAAAUAACAAUUCAAGCGAAAUUUUUUUAAAUCAACAAACGAAAAACAAAGCAAAUGCCUUUCAUAACAGCAACAACAACAACAACAAAUUUA